UUAGUGAGAGCGCGUAUGUUUUGGAUUAGGCCAACCGGCUAACUCAAACAUAUCCAGGUUAUGUUGAACCGGCUUCGUUGUACAGGCCUUUUGUCUAAGGUAAUCUGUCUGGAACGAAACUCUGCUACUGGAACUGCAGCGUUAGUUAGUGCUGCAGGAGCAGAUAGUAUAGUAAGAGUAAGAAAAAAUAAGAAAAUGGAGAAAAGCACAAUUGGUUUCUUCGUGCUGGUGUUAACCAUUGUACAGAUUUCCAACAGUUUAGUUGAGGGCUUGGAAUCAACACAGAUUUAUGACUACACCAAAUAUCACCCCAUGGAUGAGAUAUACAAGUGGAUGGAAGAUGUGGAGCGAGAGAACCCAGAGCUGGUCUCCUCUGCUGUCUACGGUCGCACUUUUGAAGGAAAAAAUAUCACACUGCUGAAGUUUGGACUACAAAACCCAGAGGGCAAAGAGAAGAAGGUAAUAUGGAUGGACUGUGGUAUCCAUGCUCGGGAGUGGAUCGCCCCCGCAUUCUGCCAGUGGUUUGUCAAAGAGAUUGUAACCUCGUAUAAAACCAAUAAGAAGCUGGAGCAGAUGCUGCAGAACCUGGACGUCUACGUUACUCCUGUGAUCAAUGUGGACGGAUACAUGUACACCUGGGUCAAUACCAACACUCGAAUUUGGAGGAAGUCUCGUUCCACCCCUCCUUCGGGCAAUAGCUGCCUUGGUGUUGACCUCAACAGGAAUUUUAACGCCAACUGGGGAACGGUUGGUGUGUCAUUUGACAGUUGUGCAAACACAUACUGUGGGAAAGAAGCCGGGUCAGAGCCAGAGGCUACAGCUGUGAUGGACUUUGUUGGUAAGAUGGUUAAAAAGACUCUGUGUUUUCUCACCAUCCACUCCGCGGGGCAACUUAUACUCUUACCAUAUGGCCACCCUCAGAUCUCUGCACCCAACUAUGAUGAACUGGUGUCAGUGGGGAAGGCAGCAGCAGCAGAAAUGAAGAAGCUACAUGGAAUGGGCUACACAGUAGGAACAUCUCCACAAAUCCUCUAUCCAAACUCAGGCUCAAGCCGCGACUGGGCUCGUCUCGUCGGCAUCCCCUUCUCUUACACCUUUGAGCUGCGAGACAAAGGUGAGUUCAGCUUCUUGCUACCAGAGGAUCAGAUCAAGCCGGCCUGCGAGGAGGCGUACGCAGGAGCGCUGUCCAUCAUCACAUAUGUCCACGACAAGGCCUUUAACAGUGGCGCUAUCCCUAGUGCUGCUGUUUCUGGGGUCGCUAUGGUGAUGUUAAGCUCCUUCAUGGUUGUGUUUCUCACCACAGGGGUGUUGUUGUAAUCAAUCAUACAAUAGUUAAACUUGAACUAAUUUUAUAUUUUACUUACUGAGGCAUUCACCCAAAUUCUAAUAAUGUGGCUAAUUAAGCUAGAUGCUAAAAAAGCAAAAAUAAUUGCACUAUCCAGUAUGAUUCUCAUUAAUUAAUAUGUGUAUAUGUACUUGCACUGGCUAUAAAUGUAUGCAUUCUGGCCUGUAUUGUGGUUGUAUAUGCUGCUCCCAGGCCUAAAAGAGCCUGUAGACUAAACAUGUUCUAUAUUCAUAUUCAAGACUAGAACAAAUAAAAAGCUUUUUAAAAAAG